AAUUCAACUUUCAUGUGCUGCGGAUUGAUUUGGGUCGUAAGGUAUGUAAUAUAACAGAAACAGAUCAAACCAGCUGAUGCAUUAUAUAAAAAGCCGAUCUGUGGUUACGACAUCAUCUUGAAAGUAGUCCUGGAGAUGUAUACGUUUAAAAUAUAUCUUCUCGUAUUUUUUAUUCGAUAUUCCGCGACCUCUUCUUCAGAUCCGGGUAUCUUUAAGAAAGAAUAUCUAAAUCCUAAGAGUGUGGACCACAGAAAGUUUUCAGGACGGUGGUAUGCACACAUGGACACGCUGAAUACCACCUUUAGAGAUAACACAUUUGGAGAUGUUGUGGUUCUUUGUGAUGAAAGAAUUAACGUUGUGCAUAUCAUUCAUCGUUGGAUUCCGUCUUUGGAAGAGUGUCGUUCCACAGCGAUAUCAUUUCAACCCGCAAAAUCAGAUUCACCAAAAGGAGAAUUCAUUCGAAUGUCCACAAAUGAUAACUUGGGGAAAAUGAAAAAUCGAUAUUUUGAUCCUCAUCCAACCAAGGGAUUUAACGUGGUCCACCGACAAACACGUCAUCUUCCUAAUAGCUACGUCAUCUUAUCUCGUCAGAGGGAUCCCCGUGAUCUCGAAAAAGCCAUUAAACAGGUUCUACGGGCUCUUGAUCUGGAUGAUGGGGACUUCUACGUCAAAUCAAAGGACUUUGGUUGUGAAAGGACGGAAGAGAAAGGAAUUAAGCUGUAAAAAAAAUUAAUAAAAAUAAUUUUAGUAUGAGUCUACCGACGCGUUAACGUUCUAGUUCUUGUAGUAAAUUAUACAAGUAAUCUAAUUCCAACGGUAAUACAUGACAUAUUCGAAAUGUUUUGAAAUUAUGCAGAUAUUGCAAAGGUGAAGAUAACGAACAGUGAUCAAUCUCAUAACUCCUGUAAGCAAGUAUGAUGAUUGUCGAUUUUAACCUUAGUGCAUCUACCUGAUUUCUGUAACUGCUAUUGGGAAUGAUAGCUUAUUUAACAAUUAUAUUUUGUUCUAUACGAUAUGUGCAAAUAUUCAUGUAAUACAAAUACAAUAUGAUUAUAAUCUGUCGAUUAAAGUAUCCCGAAAGAAGUACUGUACAAAAGUGUAAUUUUUUCCAGAGUACUACUAUUUUCCCUACAUUAAUAACUCUCUCGUACAGAAUG